CUUUGCAGUUUAAAAUAGAACCUAAGAAGUGAGUAGAAAAGAGGAGUAAGGAACUCUAUUGCAUCACUGGAGAUGGCAUUAAGACUAUGGUCCCAGGUGGGCCGAUCUUUGCCAUGCCUCCGAUCUUUGCCAUGCCUCAUUGAAUCAUCAACUGGUGUCUCCAGAGCUUAUCAUGAGAAGGUGCUGGACCACUAUGAAAAUCCUCGUAAUGUGGGAUCCAUGGACAAAAAUGAUCACAAUGUUGGCACAGGACUUGUUGGUGCCCCAGCUUGUGGAGAUGUCAUGAAGCUUCAGAUCAAGGUUGAUGAUAAUGGAAAAAUCAUAGAUGCCAAGUUUAAGACUUUUGGGUGUGGAUCAGCCAUUGCCUCCAGUUCCUUGGCCACUGAAUGGAUCAAGGGAAAAUCUAUACUCAUGACAUACAACAUUGCUUGUGCCUUUUCAUAUUGCCAGUUGGAAGAGGCAGCUACUGUCAAGAAUGAGGCCAUUGCCAAGGAACUGAAACUACCACCUGUGAAAUUACACUGCUCCAUGCUGGCAGAAGAUGCCAUCAAGGCUGCACUCAAGGAUUACACAGUGAAGAAGGAGGCACUUCAGAACACUCCUGAACGUGAAUGACUGUCUCUCCCUGCCCCUAUCUAUUUGUCUCUACAGUAGUUGGAGAGGCAUUGUUUCUGCUUUGACUGUUGCUAGAUUGUGAUCUUUUUAUUUGAUAUUGCAAAUAAAUUACAUAGCCAAAGCACACUGUUAAUGUGUGUCAGUGGUGAUACUGGG